AUGACUUCAAACAAUGAGCCCGCUAAAAAAGGAAAGAGUUCAAAGCCAAAAACAAGCGAAGAAAUACUUAUGGGUUUUCAAAAAUUACGUAGUGAACAGCGUUUUUUGACAACCAAGUUAAGCGAAAUGGAGCUUGAGCUACAAGAGCACAGAAUAGUUAUAGAUGCCUUAAAAGAUAUAGAAGGUGAUAGAAAAUGCUAUAGAAUGAUAGGAGGAAUUCUUUGUGAAAGGACAGUUAAAGAUGUCUUGCCGAUUCUCAAAACAAACGAAGAAAAUUUGGUUAAAGUUGUCGAAUCUUUCCACCGUCAACUAGUAGCCAAGGGAAGUGAAAUUAAUAAAUAUAAAGAAGAUAAUAAUGUUAAAUUAAAACACAUUGACGAAUUGAAUGACAUUAGUGAAAAUGCAAAUGCACAAACACCGGUUCCUGAUAACAGUGGUAAAAAUGAUACUGGGAGCGCCGAUGGUAAUGUUGGAGGAGAUGGUGGAGGCGGUGGUGGCAAUAAUAGCAGUGUCCUUGUUUCUUAA